CUGCUGUGUACCAUGACUUGGGCUAUUUAGCUGUGCCAUUUUGCAUUUUCUUUUGCAUGAUUUCUCCUUAAAUGUUAACUCGAUCAAAACACAAAGACCUAUAAUAUUCUAAAGAGACACAGAAAACUAGAAAGCACCAAAAACAUAAAGCACGUAGCAUAACUUAUAUUGUAGUCUUCAUCGUCAGGAUCUUCUAAGUUCAACACACAGCGAUCCCAUACCUAUGACAGGGGUUACGUUCAAUAAUCAGAUAUCGUGAAAGUGCCCAGGAUUGCGCAUUGACAAGCGCUAUCGUUGACGCCUACCUAGUGCCAGCUUCCGCUUUCUUAUCCAAAAGCAUCCUUUUUAAUGCAUCCUAAAUGGCAACCAAGGCAGGUGACCCCUCCAACGUAUCUGUUGAAUCUUCCAAUCUAAACUACUCCACAUUUGCUUUUGUGCUCGUUUAGAAUGUCCAUUGACAAGGGACAGCACUCGUAAGCCCAAACUAACAAGGGAAAGAACUGUAGGUCGAAGCAUGGAGUUACUAGAAGUACACGACACAGCGCUGUCAGAAUCUGUGCGGCGUUUGCUUUGCAUUCGAGGGAUUGUUCAUACCCAGGAUGAGUUAGCUAUGUCAUCUGACAAUAUUCUGAACUUUGAAUAUAUCGCUGGACUGCUUCCAAGUGAUGAUGGUACACCAGGUUACUAUGAACAAGCCAUCACUUCUCUUGCAUCAGUCUUUACUCGCUCCCAGCAUGUGAUAAAUCAUAGUGCAGCUUGCAGCCUAAUGACUAGCAUUCAACCAUUCCUCAUGUGGACAGGAAAUGAGAAGAUGUUUUUGGAUUGCCUUAUUUUUCUGAAGAGGAGUCAGAAUGCUCCUUGUUACAACCAUUUGGUCCUUCUGCUUAUAACAGCAGGUCUUGAAAGAGGACUUGGAAAUUUGUACCUUACAAAGGGGACCCAGUGCCCAUCAAUGCUGAAAGAUUUACUGGCAACUAAGGAGCUUAAGGAGAUUCUUGGAGAUAAUGUGAUGCAGAUCCUUCGUGUGUUGAUUGGCCCACCAACAUCACUGAACCUCAGAAAUUUAGCAUGGCAUGGGUUCCUGGGAGACUCAGAGCUACCACAUAGGUACUGUUGCUUUCUGCUGCUUCUAUCUUCUAGCAUUGGUUGUCUGUUGACAUCAAAGAAUAAUGUAUGUGACAUGCAUCACAUUCAAUAUCGUCCUUUUAUUUCCUGGUGUAAAUGCUAUGCAAGAAAAAAUGUUAAUGCAGGUUCAGUCACAGACUAUAGGCCAGUGGGAGUUAGCCAUUCAUCUCUAUAUGGAAGGCAGGAGUGGUUUUUUUUUUUUUGCCUUCAUUACUCUAUCCACUCCUACUUUUUUUUCAUUGCUUUUGAUGCAGAUCACAUUAAAACAUUUUUCUUUAAAUUUUCUGCUAAAAAAUUAUACCUUAUCUGCAAAAAGGUUAAUUUUUUUAUUCUGAAACAUUAUUUUGUUAAUGAAAUGUUUGGCCAUGCUCUUCAUAGGUAUGGCUAUAGCCUUGCACUGCUUCUGCCGCUUUUGGAACAUUGCUGCAGGAAAAUAUUUGCCACUGUAAAUGGUUGUCCAGAAAGAGUUUUGACAGCAGAGUCAACCUCUGCUGUACACAACCUUAGGGAAAUUUUAAGGAACAUCUCUCUGUUGUCAGUGAUGAGUACAAAGUUUGUCUGUCAUACAGAAUUAAAAUUUGUUAUGCAGAUGCUUGAUCAAGUUUUGUCAGAUGGUAGUGAGAACCAGCUUCCAACCUUUUUAGGGUCACCUUGCAUGGAUUUCCUGCUGGAUCUUUUGUCAUACCCAGAAGGGCCCCGCGUGAGAGAUCGCCUCAGCCAUGGGGAAGUAGAUUUCCAGACUGUUGGCCAUUUUAUGGUGGACCCAUUCAUAUACCUUGCUAUAUUUUUGGCUGAUAAAACAGCAGCACAUAUGACGCCAUCUCUGAGACAAAUGGCUGAGAGAGUGAAUACAUACAAAUCUCAUUUUCAUCCCAUUGCUGUCUUAAAGCAAAAGAUAAACAGUCUUCUGUCAAUUCUUGAUGGGACUGAGAGCCUUGUUUUCCUCACCCCUGACUUGGAAGAUUUAAGCCAAUCACAGGACCACAGUAUAUCGCAUCAGGAGAACCUCUUGUUAAAAUCAACACAAAGGGCGGUCUCUAGGCUCUGGCAGCAUGAAAAGUGGACUCAAGGUGUUAAUGGAUUUCAGCUGGAACAUUUUCUCUCUGGGUUCAAACUGAAUGUUGAACCUUUGCACAAUUGUUCAGGACAACAUUUUGUCACGUCAUUACGUUGGCAGGGUGAAACAAUGUCAGAUGCACCAGGCCAGAUGCGAGAACAGGAGUAUGUAGGACUGUUGAUAAGAAUUACAGAUGAGUGCUGUACAGUGGUUCAUCAGGUGCAGCAGAUGCUUCAGCAGCGACAGAAGCAAUUCUUUGACAAGCAGUUACGAUCUCGACAGAGGGACAACCUUCAGAAGCUACUGUUAAGCGUCCCCUGCCUUCAAGUCUUGUGCACACUCACAACAGCGGCGGUGUGCUGGCAUCUGGCUCUUCUCCACAACUUCUCCUCCUUAAUGCCAGACACAAGGAAAUUGCUGCAAAGACACCUAAAGCUGUGUCUUCAACACUGCGAGAACCUCCGCUCAGACACAGCACCCGACAAGAACAAGUGGACGGAGGGAGUCGAGCAGAUGGUCAGAUUCCUUCCAAAGUUGGAAGAGUUUGUCAGCAAGUGGCCCGAGUUGACUCACGUGUGAUAUUUGCCGCCCAGAGGGCUUAAAAAAGGGGCAAACUUCAAUUUUUAUGCAUUAAGACAAUUACAGUGAGGUGGUCAGCAAGUCUGCUUUCUCCUGUUCCUGUCUCGUGUGUUUGCAUGUGCGCAGCACACUCUCGGAGAUCGCCGAGUCGCUUAUCGAAUGAAGAGUAAGCCGUCUGCUGGCGGACGGCAAGCAUGAGGACUUGGUGACGAGGUCCACAGAACCACGCUCACCCUUUGUUGCAAUUUGCUAAGCUGCUGGUUUUUUUUUUCUUUUGGUGGGGAUUGAGGGGUGAGGAUGUAGGGAGUCUAAACAAGUGAGACUGGUGUGUUUGGGCUGACUCGCCACAGAAACUGGAGAGCCAGACGUUAAAAAAGAAAGCCAUAGUUGUUCGUUAGAAUGUUUCAAAUAGCUUGUUUGCUUUGGCUCCUGAAAUACCUCGGGUCGUUUUAUAUUAUCGGGCUCAAAAAGCAGGUACUUUUUGAAGCGAUUUCCGAAUAAAAGCUGUGAUAAUCUU